CUAGCAUUGUAAUAUUCAUUUUGUUAGACCAUCCAACAACAGAGGCAGUUGUAUCGCUUAAAAGUGAACUAUCCAGGCAAAACAUUUCUUAUUACUGCAGUUUUACUGUUUAAAUAAGGAGUGCAUCUAUUAUUCAUGAAGAUCGGGAAUUCCUUUUAUUUAUGGUUCUGAUGCCAAGCUAAAUCGAGAGUAACGUUUGGUUCUUGGCAUGAUGUCACAUUCAUUGUAUGCUAGACGUGGACCAGCGGAAACCCUGAAUGAAGAACAGAUAGAAGAAUUCCGAGAAGCCUUCUACUUGUUUGACAGUGAUGGUAAUGGGGCAAUAACAACAAAGGAACUAGGACAUGUUAUGCGAAGUCUGGGACAGAACCCAACCGAGGCUGAGCUUCAAGAUAUGAUUAAUGAAGUCGACAUUGAUGGAAAUGGCACAAUUGAUUUCCCUGAAUUUCUCAAUAUGAUGGCAAGGAACAUGAUAGACUCGGAGGGCGAAGAGGAAAUCAAAGAAGCAUUUCGAGUUUUUGACAAAGAUGGUAAUGGACACAUAAGUGCAGCUGAACUACGUCAUAUCAUGACAAACUUGGGCGAAAAACUAACAGACGAAGAAGUGGACGAAAUGAUCAAAGAAGCCGACAUUGAUGGGGACGGACACAUCAAUUAUGAAGAAUUUGUUAAAAUGAUGCUGAAAUAGAUGAAAAGGCAUGGAACAAUUUUGUUAAUUAUCAUUUCGGCAGAUAUCUGAAAAGCCUUAAUUAGCUAUCAAACCAUACGAGCGCAAUGAAAAACGGCAAAUUUUGUCAUGGUGAACUGGAUAUAUUGACUAAUGACAACGACUGCAGUUGCUGUAUGCCUUUGAGUGGUAAAAACUGACAUACGAUUUGUUAACAAUUAGACGCCAGUGCUAUAUUUUGUAUUCAGAAGAUGUUAUUUUCA